AUAUGCGACGCGCGUGAUGACUUUCCUCCGCGCUGCUUCUCAGCGACGACCAGAAGCCGCAGCAUCGCAGCAGUCCAGCUGCAUUAUUUCAUCGUCUGCACCACUUGCCGGCCACUCACCUUGGCCGGCGGUGGGCGCGACUGUUAUCUUUCCCUUGCCAUUAUUCUCGUAAACAUGGCAUCAUCUGACUGCCUGGGGGAUGAUUGCGCUUUCCAGCGAGGGAGAUCUCAGAGUGACCCGAGUAGCACCACCGAGGUCCGCCUGGGUGAGGCGCACCAUGCAGAUGUGAUGGACCAACAGAGGGCGCUGCAGUCCGGCUGCCUGCUAUCAGGGGUUCGCACACCACCUGCGAGACGCAACAGUAAGCUGGCAAAUCUGGGACGCAUCUUUAAGCCUUGGAAAUGGAGGAAAAAGAAAAACGAGAAGCUGAAGGCCUCAACCGUGGUGGAGAAAAAGGCAGCUGUGCGAGAGAAGCCAGAUGACCCCCUCAAACAGAACUCCGGGAAGAUGGAGACAGAUUCAGACCUUGCGUGUGGCGGUAAUGGCGAAGACCAGGACACGCCAUUCCACUCAGAUGGAGAUGAGCGAGAUGAGGAGCCCAGAGCACAGUUGGGCAGCGCCACUGAAGACCCGAGCCACAAUCUGGAAUCUUUAGCAGGUGGAGACAGACACAUCUCGAAUGGAACUCCGGAAUUCAUUUUGCCACAUUUAGUGCAAAAUGGACUGGAGGAGUGCAAGGAAGUGGGAGAUCCCAGUCAGGGUGAAAGCGGAGACCCCGGUGAUGAGCGUUCCAAGUCGGAGGCUCCUGACCGCCGAAAGGAAGCGGUCCAUCCUCAGAGACGUGCCAGCACCCCUCCUGGACACAACCUGCAAGUCAAAGUGCUGACUAGACUGGGCAGUCUAGACGGUGCGCCACCGGUGCGAGUGAAAAAAUCUCCCGCCACCCUGCCCAGGAAUUUCACGCUUCCCAAAGACCCCCAUGGCUCCCUGUUGAGAGGCCGCAUGUCCACCCCAACUGGCUCCCCCCACCUUGGCGCGCUCCAUUCUCAACUACCCCCCAGUUGCAUCAUCGAGGAACUGCACCGCGCUCUGGCCACCAAACACAGACAAGACAGCUUCCAAAUGAAGGAAGUGCGCCCAUCACCCAAACGCCGACAAGAUGGCCGCCUUUCCCGCACCUCCAGUACAGAGAGGGAGCCCGCUGGAGAGCCGGAGGCCAAGAAGCAAUCUGAUGAGAACAAGGAGAAUCGGCGUCUGGAUGAGUACUUGAGUGACCAGGACAGCUGGAACGAGUCUGUGAUCUCUGGGACCCUCCCGCGCAGGAUGAGGAAGGAGCUUCUGGCUGUGAAGCUGCGGAACCGACCGAGCAAGCAAGAACUGGAGGACCGCAACAUCUUCCCUGUCCGCAGUGACCAGGAGCGCCAGGCCAUCCGUCAACAGAUUGAGAUGAAGCUGGCCAAGAGACUCAGCCAGCGGCCCGCGGUGGAGGAGCUGGAGAGUCGGAACAUCUUGAAGCAAAGAAACGAUCUGACCGAGCAGGAGGAGAGGCGAGAAAUAAAGCAACGGCUGAACAGAAAGCUCAAUCAGCGGCCGACCGUGGAUGAGCUGCGGCACAGAAAGAUCCUCAUUCGUUUCAGUGACUAUGUGGAAGUGGCCAAAGCUCAGGACUACGACAGGCGGGCGGACAAGCCCUGGACCAGACUGUCAGCCGCUGACAAGGCGGCCAUCCGUAAAGAACUGAACGAGUUCAAAAGUACAGAGAUGGAGGUUCAUUCUUCCAGCAAACACCUGACGAGGUUCCACCGACCUUAGCAAGGUUUCUUCUGUGAAGAGUUGCUGAUAUUUUGGUUCAGUCAGUGAAGACCUUGCACAGAGUCUUCCAGUGUACCCGCCCACAGUCAGUGGGCGUCCUGAUAUUUGGGUCCAGCAAACCUUAGAGGCUAUGUCUCUCCAAAUGGAGCGUCGAGUAAGACGAGACGACACGCCAGCAAGAUCUACUCACGGGAGCAUCUCGCGGACCUUUGUGUGACCUUGUCGGGGGAACGGGGAAGACUCACGGUCUCGGAGACUUUUUAUUUUUUUUCUGGAGGCGGGGUGGUAAAGUGACUCUUUUCAAAUCCUUAUUUGCAAUGCCAUGACGGUGGGGCAAAGGUGCAUGUGACCCGGUGGCACUAUUCCACUGCUGUUUGAGACGUCACCCCUCCCUGUCCUGUGUCUGACUCUCACUGGUUCAGUCGCUGACGAGUUUCAAUGUUCUGAAUCCAAAAACUUUGUCUGCGUACGAGACAAACUCCCUUUGUAAGCACUAUUUAUUGUCCGCACAAUACAGGUUUUCAAUUUGUAAGAAA